UUACCUGCCAAGGGACAACAGAUGGAAACUAGCACUUCUGCUGUAAUCUGGCAUUUUUACAGCUGUUCAUUAAUAUGCACUGUUCCUAACAAAUAAAUAAAAAAUAAAAAAUAAACUGUAAUUUGACUAUAACAAACACCCACUAUGUGAAACGUUUUUUCUUUAAAACCAAAAAUAAACAUUGUUAAAGUUAAAGUUAUUACCGUCAUUAUUCUUAUUCUUUAUCAAUACUUUCUUUGCCUUUGUGAUGUAAAAUGAUUAAUUCCUAGCAGGAAAUAUGAAAUGGCAAGAAAAUGGGAAUCACGCCAAAUUUUGUUGGAUUUAAAUUAGUGAAGGACAAGUGAGUCAAGGGAUUCAAAUGUAUCAAUCUUUAUGUUUAGUAUUUCAUAAAACAAUAUAAAUGAUCUCUGAUGGGGGGAAAUAUUAUCAGAAUGCUUCCAGGGUGGAAAAGCAUCUCAAUGCUGGGGUGGUGUUUUGUUACAGACUAAACAGAUAGACUAAAUGUUAGGACAUUUCUACACUCUACAGUCUUUCUUUAGUUUUAUUCUAUUGUCUUUUUCUUUUUCCCAGUAGGCACAUGAGCCCAAUAUGUCUCUCGCUUUUUGCGAUACCCUACAUUGGACAAAGUAUUAGUUUCAGUUGGCGUAUCCUAUUACAAGGACAAAAUCACCCUCUGGUGCAAGUCUGCAUACCUCCAAAGAGAAACAGAAUUGAUAUGUGCAGCGCUUCGUUUUUGGCUUAAGUCUGCAGGUCCAGCUAGAUCAUGACGUCUACAGAUGAUCAUCCUCCACCCUAUGAGGAUGCAUUGCACCAUCCAAAGUAUGGAAACUACCCCUAUCAGCUACAACAUGGUUCCCCUCUUCCACCACCUCCACCUUACAGUCCCGGUCCUGGCAUGUGCCCUGGUCCACCUUGCUACCGAGGCCAGGAAGGGAUCCACUCGCAUGCAGAGAUGAGGGAAAUCCCGGGUUUCUCUGCAUCCAGAGCACCCAAUACAAUACCAACUCUGUCUACUGGAGUGCCGACAUCCAACCCAGGAGAUGAUUACUUGAGCACUCAGUGGGAAAGCAUUUCAAUUCGGCAUGCCUUCAUAAGAAAGAUUUACUUAAUUCUAGCAACACAACUAGCCAUCACCUUUUCCGUUGUUGCUGUCUUUACAUUUGUUGUGGUGUAUAUUUUGGUUUAUUGCAUUCUCAUUUGCUGCGAAAAGCCAAGGAGGCAUUUCCCAUGGAAUCUAUUGCUGCUGGGAAUAUUUACGCUGGCCUUGUCUUACAUGGCUGGGACAAUUUCAAGCUAUUAUGAAACAAAAGCUGUGUUUAUUGCCAUGGGAAUAACAGCGAUAGUUUGUAUGGCUGUCACAAUCUUCUGCUUUCAAACCAAGGUGGACUUCACCUCAUGCGGGGGAUUUCUUUGUAUAACUUCCGUUUUGUUCAUGAUCGUUGGGAUUGUUACAGCCGUCAUCCUCUCCUUUCAAUACGUCCCUUGGCUGCAUAUGCUCUACGCUUCUAUUGGAGCUAUUCUUCACACUUUGUUUUUAGUAUACAACACCCAGCUUCUUAUUGGAAAUCAGAAGUUGGCCAUCUCCCCUGAGGAAUACAUCUAUGGGGCUCUCUCUCUCUACAUUGAAAUUGUUAACAUCUUUCUCUUCAUCUUACAAGUCAGUGGAGUGGCUUCUGACUAAGCCAGUGGCUAGAGCGCAUUUUUGUUAACAUAUAACAAUUUGCAGAAUAUUGUUUGAUUUUACACAUGAUGCUACAAAUACACAAGUCAGUCACAAAUGAUGUUUAUUACCAGAUGUAAAUGUUGAAAUCUGUUCCAAACCAAAACACCUGUUUAACUGAAGCAAGGCAGUGAACUGAGUGUUCCACUUAAAUGUGGAGGAAAAUUUGUUUUAGGAAAGUCUUGGUUUUAAAAAAAAAAGGUAUUUUAGUGGAUCAUCCUCCUGUUGUUACUUGUCCAACUGUUGUUUUUUAUUUUCUUUGUUUGGUUCCUCCACUAUGUAAAGUAUUCUUAGGUCCCUUGAAAGGCGCUAUACAGAUUCAUUAUAUUAUAUUAUUAUUAUUAGCAACUCAGAAAUAAAUGCAGAAACCAUUCAAAAAAGAAGACCAAUUAAUUGGAGGUUCUAGAAGUUAGUUUAUUUAUGAUAAUUCCUCAAAUUACUUACAAAACAGGCAUACAGCGGGAGACCCGAAACAUUAGUUCUUAUUCUCUGCUGGAAAAGUGUGGUGCUUAGAUAUUCAUAAGAGUACUUUUAAACAGAUAGAUAAACAAUAAUUCGAUCAAAAGAUGUUUAAGUGCCUGCAGCUAUACAAACAAUUCACACAAAUUCUUGCUGUAUUAUGUAUAUGUCAUUUGUUGUAGUAAGACAACAAUGUACACCAAUCAAUAAAAUAACCCUACUGCUGAAA